AUGGCUAGCGCAGGUGAUCAAAAUUCCGAAGACGCUUCGAUCCGUCCGGUGUCCUCCUUGCUGUCACAUUUUGAAAGCAUAGCUGCUCGUGGGCCUAGCAGCUCUGGGCCAUCUAGAACACAUUCGCCCUCACUUCGUCCGCAGAUCGAUAAGCUGGAAGAGCCCCCUUCACGUUCACUUGGCCGAAUUUCUUUAGACCUUCCACGGCCACAAUCACAACUAUGGAUUAAUGGAGCACCGACGGGGCUUCAUUCUCCAGCAGAACCACAUGCUCGGCGGUCUCCAUCUCCAGGCUCUGCUCGGCGGCCAAGACCAAUGUCAAUGGGGCCGGCAUCUCCUCCUCGCCCCACGCCAAAAGUCACAGUAGACUCACCGCGCUCCCCGCCAAAGUUUCUAGACGGCAAGCCGCCGCCUCCACCGCCGGCGGCUGUUCAGAGAUCCUUAUUCAAUGGAUCCUUCACACCGACAGGCUCGGCCAGUCAAUCCCCGAUACACUCAGCGCGUCACUCUCGAGCUGGUAGCCGUGUGGGAACUCCAAUCACCGAUCUACGCCCCUCCCCCCUGCUACCUCCCACGGACAGUCAUUCUGGUAUCCGGACUCCGCGCCUAGGGUCUGGAGAAGGGAGUCCCAAUCAAGCGCCACCGAUCCCUCCGCCUGUCAAUCGUGCAGAAAAACCAAAAAUACCUCCAAAACCACCUACAAUCCCAUUGAAACCAAAACCAACUAACCUAAAACUUUCACCAACCGCGGCGCCUACAGCACCCGAGGAACCGGUAUCUCCGUUUAGCACCCCUCCUGAAAGUGAAACUGAGGCUGAACAGACCCCGCCGUUUCAGCGACGUACUCGGAGCCAAGAUACUGGCUCGAAACCUAAAAGAGACAGUUAUUUUGACCCAACUCAAGUCCGCCCUUCUGCUCGCCAUUCAAUCCAACUUGACCGUGCUUCCCGACCCCCACCACCUCCACCGGCUCCCCGAUCUCCUGGAAGAUCAGGGCUUACCAAUCUCGAUGCUCAUCCCCUUCCUCCCUCUCGUCCAGCAAGACACCCAUCGAGAGAAGGACGCUCAGCCGUUCCCCCGCCACCUCCUUCACUACCUCCACGGAGGGACUUUGGAUCGCAGGAUGCAAGUCCAGGGCGGCCAACAUCUCAGCUAGCUUUGCCAACUCCAUCACCACCUGCUUCUGUCGCUUCCAAAACGGCCGCGACUUUAGUCGCGGAGACCACCGCUAAGUUUCCUCCACCACCACGGAGAGGCACCGCCCCUAUUAUUCCUCCGACGUCCGCCUUUGUUGAUCAGGAGACGCCAUUGCGGGAGGGGUACCGCUCUGCGUCAAAUACUUCAUUAGACUUGAAGCAAGCAUAUCGAUACGAUGACGUCUACGAUUCCGAUGAGACAGGUGCUGUAAUUGACUAUGUGACACCGACCCUUACCGAUUACCCCGAUUCCUCGCAUGCGAAUCGAAGAUGGCCGUGUUUUAAGCACGGCCCACGAGAGUUUCCGACCAAGUACGAAACAAGGCUAUUUGAUAUCUGUGGCGAGUACUUGUGCACUUCCGGUUUCCUUACAAAAGUUUGGAACAUAUUAACCGGAGAGCUUCUUAUGAGCGUCAGCCAUGGCGAAACAACCAAAGUCACAGCUUUGGCCUUCAAAACUGGAGUCGAUCUUAGAAACGAAGGGAAGCGGCUCUGGUUGGGCACAAACCAUGGGGAGAUCCAAGAGAUGGAUAUUUCAACCCAAACCAUUGUGUUUUCAAAAGCCAAUGCUCACCCCCGAAGAGAAUUGGUGAAAAUAUACCGACACGGUAGUGAAAUGUGGUCUCUGGAUGAUGAAGGAAAGCUGCUACUUUGGCCAUCCGAUGAAACAGGCUCUCCCAACCUGGGCUAUAGUCCUUUAACCUUCCGUGUCCCAAAAGGACACACUUUCUCUCUCGUCAUUGGUGAUCAGCUAUGGCUUGCCACUGGCAAAGACCUUAGAAUCUUUCAGCCAAGCGCAGAUUCAAGCUUACAAUUUCAGGUUCUCCAGCGGCCCCUCAACCAACCAAAUGUCGGCGACGUGACCUCUGGUUCCGUCAUCAUGAGCCAACCUGAUAGGGUGUAUUUUGGGCACAAUGAUGGCAAAGUAACAGUUUACUCGCGCAAAGACUACUCUUGUCUUGGCGUUGUCAAUGUCAGCCUUUAUAAAAUCAACUCUUUAGCAGGUGUAGGCGCGUACCUUUGGGCAGGCUACAACACCGGCAUGAUCUAUGUCUAUGACACCACUACAAAUCCAUGGACCGUGAAGAAGGACUGGCAGGCGCAUGAGAAUCCUGUCGCUGGUAUCGUGGUCGACCGGAGUGCUGUGAUGAAAAUCGAUCGAUUGCAAGUCGCUUCCCUUGGUGGAGAUAACAUGGCUCGACUUUGGGACGGUCUGCUUCAAGAAGAUUGGCUCGAAGCGGACAUGCAAGAACAUGAUACCGAAUUUUGCAACUUCCGUGAGAUCAGCGCACUGGUUGUUACAUGGAAUGCUGGAGCUACCAAGCCUUCUAGCCUGAACCAGGAUGAACGCGACGCGGAUUUCUUUCGAAGAUUACUCCAAAAUGGCGACCCACCAGACUUGCUCGUCUUUGGGUUUCAAGAGCUCGUCGACCUUGAAGAUAAGAAAAUCACCGCAAAGAGCUUCUUCAAGACUAGCAGCAAAAAGAAGGAUAUCGAUCAUGAGCAUAUUAGCAGACAAUAUCGUGCGUGGCGCGAUCACCUCAGCCGGUGCGUCGAAGAAUUUAUGCCAAUCGAUCAACCAUAUCAUCUACUUCACACGGCCAGCCUCGUUGGAUUAUUCACCUGCGUUUUUGUCAAGGCUUCAGAGCGGAAUAACAUCCGAAGUGUUGAUGCUUCUGAAGUCAAGCGUGGUAUGGGUGGCUUGCAUGGCAACAAGGGCGCCCUCAUCAUGCGAUUCAUCAUUGACGACAGCUCGGUAUGCUUGGUCAAUUGCCAUUUGGCGGCCGGUCAAAAACAUACGGUUCAACGGAACAAUGAUAUUGCAGCUAUCCUAGAGACUGCUUCACUGCCCUCAGAGCGAAAUCCCAUUGCUCGCUCCGAUAUGUUUGUUGGAGGAGGUGACGGCACCAUGGUCCUCGAUCAUGAAAUUUGUAUAUUGAACGGUGACCUCAAUUAUCGCAUUGACACAAUGGGCCGAGAUACGGUUGUCAGCGCGGUGAAGGCGAAUAACCUUUCCAAGCUGCUUGACCGUGAUCAGCUAUUACUUUCCCGUCGCCGCAAUCCGGGUUUCCGACUGCGGGCGUUCACGGAGUGUCCUAUCACAUUCGCGCCGACCUACAAGUACGAUGUCGGCACGGAUAACUACGAUACAAGUGAGAAACGGCGGUCACCAGCCUGGUGCGACCGCCUUCUUUAUCGAGGACUUGGACGUAUCAAACAGAUGGAUUACCGACGCCACGAGGUAUACGCUUCCGAUCACCGGCCGGUCAGCGGACGAUUCCAGAUCCGCAUCAAGACCAUCUCGCCAAAGAGACGAAUGCAGAUCUGGGAAUUGUGCGAGCAACGCUUUGAAGAGGUCAAGCAGCGGCUGGUGACAGAAACACAGCUUGAAUUUCUCGUGGACGUCUGUCGGCUUGAUGUCAAUGAAGCGAAGCGUUCCUUAGCGGAGCAACUUGGACGUUAA